UCGUAUGGAAUGGCACACUUGUAAUCCGCCAAGGUAACCAAAUGCCUCUGUAGACCUGGUUUUCAUUUAGUUUGCAAUUUCGAGUCGUUACGUGAGUACAAGUUUUUAUUUUAUUUGUGAUCGCGGUGCGGAGAAUAAAUGAUUUAAAUUUCAUUUAAUUUUAAAAAAAAAAUUGUGUCCAUUUGUAUUUUUUGUGCAAAAUAAAAUGAAAAAUCCGUGUGCAUUUUUAGUCCUUGGGCUCUUGGUGGGAUCAGCUUUGGCUACCCCAAUGCUUUACAAGAAAAACGAACAAGACAAAUACGAACCAGAUCUCAUUGCAGUUUCUUCGACUGUUAUUCCUUUAACGGUUUAUGAAGUGAGCUAUGGCUUGGGAGGAAAACCCAGUGAAGAAUACAAAAUGGCUUAUUUGAAAAAGCUUCGCAAGAAGGUUAAGCACACCGAUGAGGAGGAAGAUCCGGAUACUCUUAUUACAAUUAAAAAGAAAUAUCAAGACCAAAAUAAGGCUAAGGUUAAGGGCAUUUAAGCAUACGAAGAGCUAACGCGCUGCUGGUCGUAAAUAAAAACGGAUAUAUUAAACUUGUAGUUUAUUAAUGACGUUCAUAAAUGCGACGGAAUUACUUUUAGGUAAAUGUUAAGUUGUUGUACUUUAAAAAAAAUAUAUUGUUGGACUUGAUUGAAUGUGAAAAUAUAAUUUAGUUAACCGUG